AUGCGAGGGACCAUAAUCCUAACGAGUUCUUGUUCCAAUCUCGAAUCCGUUCGUCGCAAUGCAGCAUCGCUAGCUCUUCUUGGUUUCUUGCUGCGCGUUUGCCAAGAUUUUCUUUCCCCGUGCGGGUUGAUGCUGAUCGUCGUUGUCCGUGCAGGCAACCUGUUCGAGAAAAUGCUUCAGGGGGGCGCAGGGCGGGGGGCGCCGCGCGACGGGGCAGCGGGAGGCGGUGGACGCGACCGCAUCAGCGACCUCACGGACGACCUGUGCCACCACGUCUUCUCCUACAUGAAGGCGUGGGAGGUGGUCCGCACGAGCGCGCUCUCGAGGCGGUGGCGCCGCACCUGGGCCUCCGCGCCGUGCCUCGACAUCCGCCGGCUGUGCGCCUGCUCCCGCUGCGUUGACCAGGAUUGGUACGCCGAGUUCGUCAAGCACCUGCUUCUCCGGCGGGACCGCAAGCCGUUGAACACGCUCCGGCUGCACUGGAACCACGACGACGCCAACACGUGGAUCGUUCAUGCUCUCAGGCGCAAUGCCACAGCUAUCCAGCUCUCCGCGAAGCAUCACCGCCCAAUCCUCAAGCUGGAUUGCACGGUCUUUCUUUCUGGCAACCUCAACAUCUUGCAGCUCGCCAACGUGUCCUUGGACAGCCGCUCCCUCUCGGGGCUCUGUUCUAGGUGUACUUCUUUGGAGGAACUAGAGCUCAGGAAAGCUCUCAUAUAUGCCACGCAGAUUCGAUCAACCUCACUCAAGCGUUUGACUAUGGUCAACUGCAAAAUCUUUAACGACCUCACGGUUGAUGCUUCGAACCUUGCAGCCCUGCGCUGUAUCAGACCUUGCAGUUUUGUUCCUCAGAUCAAGAACUCGGGGUCACUAGUGACAGCCACUAUCAUGCUUGAUGACGCUUGCUUGCAACAUGCUCGCCCAUGGUCAGUACAGGAUGAUGAGGACGAUGGCGACACAUAUACUGAUGCUGAGGACUCUGACGUCAGUGAAUCUCAAUCUCCAUCUGAUGAUGAUAGCUGUGCAGUUGCUGAUGAGCAUGCAAGGGAUUGUGAGCAUCCUGGAAGCGGUGAUAUUGUAGUUUAUGGUGGCAAACGUAUUUUUCACAGCCUCUCGAAUGUGAGAACAAUGAACUUGUCAGCUCAUCGAGGAGAGGUUCUGCUGACGACGGAACUGGAGAACUGCCCUGUGUUUGAAAACCUGAGGACUCUAUCCCUUGGUGAAUGGUGUAUAGAUAGUGAGUUUAAUGCAUUAUCAACCAUGCUUGAGAAUUCUCCCAACUUAGAGAACCUUUUCAUUCGUCUCGACAAGAAGGCCUGCAACAGCAGAGAUAACACUGAUCCAAGUGAAACAUCAUGUACUUACAACAACCUGAAGGUGAAGAUCUCAUAUUCAGGGGAUGCCAUGAUUGCCCGUCAGGUUGAAGACUUCUUCCGCACCAAUAAUGGCUCAUGGGUGAUGAGGACAUCAAUACCAUUGUUACACCCACAACCCCUACUGUUACAUAUAAUGGACCAAUUACUAGAGCUCGCGCACGCCAAUUAAAUUACCAGGUACUUUCGUUUCUUGGUAAUGAUUCUAAUGUUCAUGAGAAUAUGAUGCUGCCUAAAUUGGAUACUUUUGUUUUGCUUACAAAUGAAGGGCCUGGAUUGGAGAAGGAUGAACAUUGGAG